AUGAACACAGGUGAUGAAAGCAUGAACAACAUGGUUAAUGAGUGUAUGAAGAACAUGGUUGGUGAGAGCAUGAAGAACAUGGGCGGUGAGAUCAUGCUGAAAACGGGGAUUGAGAACAUUCGCUCUCCCACAGUCACUCUCACACAGGCUCUCACACAGUCGCUCUCACACAGGCUAUAUCACACAGACACGCUGCAGUUCUCCAACACAGCUAAGCCAUGGGUUCCCUCACAACAGCAAGCCAUGGCUCUUUCACAGAGGAAAGCUAUGGUUCUCUCAAACUGGAAAGCCAGGGGCUCUUUCUCACAGCUUUCCAGAUCAGUAACUCUCCUCCACUCCUCCUCUCACAAGGGCAAUAACUCUCCUAACUGUCUUCAAGGACAAGUAACUUUUACCCGUCUCCGAUUCCCCAGGCCAGUAACUGUCGAUUUCUUCCCAACAGUGGUGAGCGAAGACGAAGAGUCACUGCCCAAGUUCAUCGAGAACGUGCCCAACAUUACCGUUACAGUGGGCAGGGAUGCCCUCUUGCCCUGUACUGUGGAGCAGCUCAAGGGCUUCAAGGUGGCGUGGGUGCAGGUGGACACACAGACCAUCCUCACUAUCCACAAGCAGUUCAUCACCAGGAACCCGAGGAUCGCACUGCUGCACAACGACCACCGCACCUGGCACCUCGAACUGAAGAACGUGCGGGAGAAAGACCGAGGCUGGUAUAUGUGCCAGAUCAACACCGACCCUAUGCGGUAUCGCCAGGGCUACGUCGACGUUGUAGUGCCACCAGACAUCAUCGACCGCGAGUCCUCUGGUGACCUGACGAUACGCGAGGGUCAGGACGUGACCCUAACGUGUAGGGCCAAGGGCCAUCCGACUCCCAGCAUCGUCUGGAGGAGAGAGGACAACCAGGAUAUCGUCCUCGACACAGAAAAGACAGGUGAUCCUGUCAUUGAUGGUACUGAUGUGGGCGCCGUCGGUGGUGUCCUUGGCGAUGUGGGCGGCCGUGACGGCGUGGUGGGCGCAGAACGAGUGGUGGAGGGCGAGACGCUACACAUGCGCAAGGUCUCCAGACUCCAAAUGGGUUCUUACCUCUGCAUCGCCUCCAACGGUAUACCUCCAUCCAUCAGCAAGCGGACUCAGCUAAGGGUGCAGUUCCCGCCGGUGGCGUGGGUGCCACAACAGUUGGAGGGCGCCUACCUGGGCCAGGAGCUGACCAUCGAGUGCCACACUGAGGCAUUCCCUAAGAGCAUCAACUACUGGACCAACACCAACGGUGAUAUGAUCGUUGCAGAUGACCGCUAUGAGCCUAUCGUAGCAGAGAGUUCCUACAAGGUAUACAUGAAGCUGAGGAUCCGCCGGGUGGAGGCCCAGGAUAUCGGCACCUUCCGCUGCAUCGCCAAGAAUUCCCUUGGAGAGACAGACGGAGUUAUCCGGGUCUACGAGAUAGAACCUCCUAAAGCUCACAGCAACGGUGUGUUUGGCGCGGAGGAGGGCGAGGUGGACUCAGGGGACGGUCCACCGCCAACGGCUACCCACCAUCACAAUAAAGAACGGAAUAAGUACGAGAAUUACCUCCACCCGAAAGGUAUCAACGACCUUAAUGAUCAGCAUCGACAUUCCAAGCCCAACGAUGCCAAAGAGUCUGGCCACCGCAGCACCGCCCACCAUGGACGACGGCCGAACUACGGCAGCUCUGCAGAGCACGACAGCGCGACCUGUCUCCUCUCCUCCUCUGCCACUACUGUCAGUCUCACCCUAACUGCGCUUCUGGCCCACUGGGCGGCCCGCUUCCCUCUAGCACCUCACCUUUAGGGAUCUUCAAAGAAAAAAGUAUUUAAUUCUCCGUGUAUCGCUUAACCCGAUGAGUGUUCAAUCGUAAUUUCAGAGACACCAUUACCAAUGAUCUUGCUACUGAUGCUACCAGGUGAUUUUUUGUUUUUUGGUUAUGCCUUUGUUUAUGUUAUAGGUGUGAAGUGAAGUUGAACAUCAGAAAAACAUGCACUUUCAAUGUGUUAGUGUAAAGAGUCCUGUGAUCAAACGUGUUUCUGUCUGGAAAAUAAUGACAACAUGAAUCUCUGUGAUGGAGGCCACUUGUUCUUCUAAAAACUCAACUCAUGCCUGGUGAUCAUGCUGUUCAUUCUUCACAGAAAGCUCAUCACUCAUUAGAGAAGAUGUAUUUAUUUUUAAUCUAUGAACGCUAAUUAAUCAGUGCGAAAAAGUGCUUCUCUCUUAAAUGUUCAGUCAAACUAUACGUGGCCAUAACGCACUACUCCUCCUGGCCUGGGAGUGGGACCCAAUUCAUCGCUCCCUCUUGGCCUGAGUGUGGGUUCAAGUUCGCCUUCUGGCCUCGGUGUGGACCCAAGCCCACCGCUCUCCUCCUGGCCUUGGUGUGAGCCCAAGCUCACCGCUCUCCUCCUGGCCAUGGUGUGAACCCAAGCUCACCGCUCUCCUAGCCUCGGUGUGGGGCCAAACUCACCGCUCUCCUCCUGGCUUAGGUGUGGGUACCUUGCAUCUCCGCUUGUAUGUACUUUCUGAAACAAAAUCAUUUUUUCCGAAACUUACUCGCUGAGAACUGGCAGAAUGAACAUUGAUUUUUAUGCAAAUUUUUGUGUCCAAAACAUACUGAAAAGCUGAAUAUUAAUUGAACGCUUUUUUGUAAGACUUUCCGAUGACACACAUGAAAAAAUACUGAAUAUCACAAUACCUUAAGGAAGCCACAGAUAUUAUAAGUCACCAAAUCUUUCACAAAAAACAUAACGAAAGAUGGUGAUAGAGAAAGGCCAUUGCUACUCGUGCCUGGUAAAUAUCGUAAGUAUUCACGGGUUUCUCCCGUGACAAGCUUAGAAAACAUUAACACGAUAUUGAUUUGCUUUUUCAUUUCUUAAGAAUUUAGUUUUCUUAAGAAAACUUUCUUUAUUUCUUAAGUUUUGUAUGCUGUGUGAAUACAAAACACACAUUAUAUGCAUGCAUAUAUAUGCAACAACGAUUCCGAACACUUAUCUAUUAUAAUGCAGAAUAACCACAACCAUUUCAGUACAUAUUAGAGUGUGGGUGAGGGUGUGUGUGUGUGUGUAGGUGUAAAUUAUGAAAACUUAACAUGUGAUGAGUAAUGUAUGAAUAAUGUGUCACUGUGUAAUCACGAAGGGAAAUUAAACAAUUACUUAUGCUCCUUCGUGACAAUCAACACAUCAGAAGUAUGAACAUUACAAUUAAGAGGAGGGAGAUUUAUAGGCACGAAAGAUACAUGUGACGAGGAAAAAGGCCAAAAAAAGUAUGUCUUUGUAAUAUUAAUUCAUGGAAACUGUAGACAGCCUCAUACCAACAUAUGUGAGUUCCAGUUAGCGACAUCCCUAAUGUGAUAACUGUGUAAUAAUUAUCUUACUAAAAUCGUGUAUUAAUUGAUUUAAUACAAUUGGAUCCAAAGUGUACAAACCAUUAUGUAAUGUUCAUAUUUUAUUGGCUUUUCAAUUUAUAUUAAUACAGAUUAAAUAAUGUUUCAAUUAAAAAUAAGUUUAAAAUUUUUAAUUGAAGAAGACCUCUCAUAAUCAGUUUGGUGAGAACUUUCUGACAAAUGAAUAAAUAUAGUGCACAGAGAAAUCACAUUAUCGUGAUAUAUCAAUAGAGAAAAUCCACAGUAGCGGUGAUGAGGAUUCGAAUCCAUGCACUGGGUAUUCCCAGAUGCACGCUCUAUACGACUACGCCACAACAUGGUAAAAUAAUUGUAGCCUGGAGUACUACUUCACCCUCGAGGAUUCCCGAGGCUUCCACUGAACCCGAACCAGGGUUUCCACACAAUUCCCCCAUGCACUCUGGCUCUGUCGUCCUGAAGUUCUACCUCUUCAGAGUACAUGGGGGGGUAAUUGUAUUAAACCCUAGUUCGGCUGCAGUAGAAUCCUCGGGAAUCCUCGAGGGUGUAAUAGUACCCAGGUUGCAAUUAUUUUACUAUGUCGUGGCGGAGUCGACUAGAGCGUGCAUCUGGGAACGCCCAGUGCAUAGAUUCGAAUCCUCAUCACGGCUACUGUGGAUUUUCUCAAUAAAUAUAGUGUUCGAUAAUUUAAAAACAAAAUUACAAAGUAUAUGUGGUGCAAAAUUCGAUUUUCUUUUUAUUGUUUGACCUUUAUAGAAUGUAUUACAAUCUUUACAAGGUAUUUUGUAAAUUAUACAGUUAUCACUUCGAGGGCUGUUUCUAACUAAUCUGUUCUCUAUUUUGUGCUCUUUUUGUCAAACUAAAGAGAGAAUUGAUAGGAAUUUUAGAACAAUGUUCAAUGAACGACUUAUGGUAUUUAAUGUAAAGCCUAUACGAUAUACAGUAUUGAACACAGCAUCCAUACAUUUAAAUCUACAUAUCCUUAAGGCUCUUAAAUACACGAAAGAAAACACAGCUUAUUUUACUUUAUCAUAAUGGGACGUGUAUAAAUAUACCUUAGAACCAACA